GCUCCAUUGGCUGACGUGUUUAAACUGCAGAAUACAGAACUUGGUAGCCACAGGUUGCUUGAGCAACAACAUAACUAUAAGCUGUGCAAUAAAUUGUACAUUUGUCUUGGCGUGGGCUAUUGAAUACAAGACAUUACGUAUAAUAAACAAAAAUAUUUCCGUAAGCCAAAAAAUGGGACCUCCAACUUACUUGUAUAAAGGCAAGCAAAUAUUCACAAAAAGGGAAGUAGCGUAAUUAAUGAAAAAGGAAAAAAAGAAGAAAAAAAGAAGAAUGAGAAUAUAAACAUAAAUUCCUAUAGCCUAGCAUGCAUUAUGCUACAGUUUUUACUUGAUGUGUCUACGUAGAUGUAACUUAAGUUCCGUAUCAACCAACCUAUAAAAGCCUCCUCCCUAGCUAAACUUGCCAAGCCAUUUCCUCUGCUGUGCAUCAUCAAUACUAGCCAAACAGAGGCCUUCCUCCAUCACCCUUUAACUUCUUCCUCCACAUUGUGCAUCAAAGAUGGCUACUUUAAGCUUCCGAAGCUUCACAUUUAUGCUUAUCGUCAUCUUCCUUCUUUGGUGUUCAAAUAUGGAAACUUGCAUUGCAAGAAGAGGCGAGCACUGGAGGCAUAGUAAAGGAUUAGGAGUCUCUCUGUCCAAGAAGAAGGGAAAAAACCAUGGGCAUAACUACCAUCAUGGCAAUGCAGGUAAAGCAAAAAAGAAAAAUCCAUCUCCAGUAACACCACCUUCAUCUCCACCACCAUCACAAUUGCCGCCAGCAGCCCCAGCUCCCAUUGUGCCUCCAAGUUCACCUGAUUAUGGAAAUGCACCUUCUUCUUCCAACUUCAACGUGCUCGAUUUUGGAGCGAAAGGAGAUGGUAUAACUGAUGACACCAAGGCAUUCGAAGCAGCAUGGGCUUCAGCUUGUAAAGUGGAGGCAUCAACCAUCAUCGUUCCAUCAGAUUAUACAUUCCUUGUGGGCCCAAUUUCAUUCUCUGGGCCAUACUGUCAGCACAACAUUGUAUUCCAGUUAGAUGGAACAAUAAUCGCUCCAACAAACACCAGUCCCUGGGGUUCAGGCACUUUGCAGUGGAUUCAAUUCACUAAGCUGGUAGGAAUUACAGUUCAGGGAAGUGGCACAAUUGAUGGAAGAGGGGAAGUUUGGUGGCAAGAUGCCCCACUAGAAGACCUUAUUGACAGUGAAUCUAAGCUUAUUGUCCCAUUAAACAGAACAAUUGGAGGAAACACAUGGAUUCCGGUAAACGGCUCUCUUGGUGGAAAAAUGCCAAGAAUAAAGCCUACGGCUCUGCGAUUUUAUGGAAGCUUCAAUGCAACUGUCACGGGUAUAACCAUCCAAAACAGUCCCCAAUGCCACCUCAAGUUUGAUAACUGCGUUGGAGUUUCAGUGUACAACUUCACUGUAACUUCUCCUGGUGACAGCCCAAACACAGAUGGAAUUCACUUACAGAAUUCUAAAGAUGUCCUAAUCCGCAGUGCCAACCUUGGUUGUGGAGAUGAUUGUGUAUCGAUACAAACUGGAUGCACAAAUGUGUACAUUCAUGAUGUCAACUGUGGACCAGGACAUGGGAUCAGUAUUGGAGGGCUAGGAAAAGAUAACACCAAAGCUUGUGUUUCAAACAUUACAGUUCGAGAUAUCAACAUGAAUAGCACUAUGAAUGGAGUCAGAAUAAAGACAUGGCAGGGAGGGUCAGGAAUGGUGCAAGGAGUUCUGUUUUCGAACAUUCAAAUGGCUGAAGUCCAGCUUCCUAUAGUGAUAGAUCAGUUCUACUGUGACAAGAGUGCAUGCAAGAAUCAAUCAUCUGCAGUCGCUCUAUCAGGAAUUCACUAUGAAAAAAUCAAAGGGACAUACACAGUGAAACCAGUACAUCUAGCAUGCAGUGACAAUGUGCCAUGCACGGAGGUAACUUUAACAGGCAUUGAACUAAAACCACAGCCUGAGCGAUACCACAUGUAUGAUCCCUUCUGCUGGCAUACUUUUGGGGAGCUAUAUACUCCAACGGUCCCUCCAAUUGAAUGCUUACAGAUAGGUAAGCCAUCACGCAAUGGAAUUCAAGCAGAUCAUGAUUCGUGUUAGGUAUUUAUAAUGGGUGUACUUAAUAGAGUGGUCGGCUUAUUUGCUCCGACCCCUUUCCACACCAUAAGUUAAUUAGAAUUGUGUCCAUAAGUUAGCUAUACAUAUUAUAGAUACUUUUAUUAGUAUUUACCAAGAAAAUAUGAGCUUCCAGUGUGUAUGAGAUUAUGAGUUUUUAAUAGCUUAGGGUAUUAUAGUGAGGAAUAUGGGACCUUUGUCUCCCAGUCUACUACUCAUUAUAGCUUGGCAUUAUAUAAAAUGUGUGUUUUACAUGAAAGCGAAAAUUUUUUGCAGGAACCUGCUGUCAUUAACUAUAGAUCAAUCCAUCGGCAACCAAAACUUUGAAGUAAGAACUAACAGCCGUCUGAAUCAACACAUUGGAAUGGUCAAAUAGUGUUCAUAAUAAACUCAGCAGUGAUAGGGUCUGAAAUGAAGCUAAAAGAAAAUAUUGUAACAAUUUUGUGUAAAAUUUCUAACAUUUUAAAUAUUCAUCACAACCACCGAUGUCGAUUAGGCUCUCGAAACGAGGGGAUAAAUAGAACUAUAAAAUCAAAAGCAGAUGGAGAACCUAAGGUUGCAGAGAUUUGGAAGUGAAUAAGCCAAUUGUUAAGAACAAAAACAUGGAUUCACAACAUCCCUCUCGUCAGGGAGCUUUCUCAUUGAAAUCUUUAUCUAUCUGACAAACCAAAAUGUGAUUCAACAAUAAAUUUAAUUUCCCGAGAUUAAUUGAUUCUUAUCAAAAAAAACUUCAGUCUCUAUCUGUAAGUAAACCUACAGAAACCAAACGAUGUAGGAUAUAUAAACAACUGUGCACACCCCGAUGCUACCCGAGUGAAUUAGUUUCUUGGACCCAAAUGCAAAAAAGUGGUUCGCAAUAAACAAACAACCUAUAUCAUGUAAUCAGUUCAGAUUAAAAACGAUGAAAUUCCAGUUGGUUCUUUCAAAGAAAGAAAAGCCUUGUAUAUGAAUAGCCUAAUCGAACGUACUAAAGUUAUAAAUGUGGCAUUAUAUCUAAAUCGUUAGUCCAAUUUCACCCUCUUAGAAUUUCUGUAAUGGUUAUUCUCAAAGAGGGAAAGUUAAAUAUCUGUAUUUGUACAUACAGUAAAACACAGUUAAGAGAAAAUGGCCUAUUGAAGCAAGGCAAUGAAGAUGGAGACUUGGAAAUAUGGCCAAGUCAUCAUGAUGUCAGAUUGCUGCUGUAAAAACAAGAACUAACCAUUCUAAACCUGUUAAUCAUGCUCGGCCGAUAAUGAAGAUGGGUGGAAAACAACCAAAUCAAUAAAAGAUAAAUAAAAAUCACGACCAAAACGAUAAAAGAAGAAAAUAAUUCCGGACGAAAAAACCUGCGGCAUUUAUGAAUUUCACGAGCAGAAAAGGACAAUGGAUGAUAAAUUAAACUCAUAAAGUGACUUAACUUUCACUACAUGAAAUCAAU